AUGCACUCCGCCAACCUCCUCCGCGCCUCGUCCAAGGCCAUCAACACCUCCUCGGUCCGAUGCCUCUCCACUUCCUCCACCGCUAGGCUCGCCCAGCCCGCUGCCGCCGCCGCCGCCUCGUCGGGCGCCGCCCAGGCGCAGCUCAGCCCGCUCGCGCUCUCGCGCGCCAAGGAUGUAGAGUCCAAGUGGCAGGGCACCUCGAUGCUCGGCGGCACCACAAAGAACUACGUCGACGGCAAGUUCGUCGACUCCUCCACCUCGUCCUGGCUCGACGUCAACGACCCCUCCACCCAGGCGCUCCUCUCCAAGGUGCCGCUCACCACGCCCUCGGAGUUCGACGCCGCCGUCGCCAACGCACACGCCGCCUUCCCCGCCUGGAGGGAGACCAGUCUGCUCAGCCGUCAGCAGGUCAUGUUCAAGCUCCAGGCGCUCCUCCGCGACCACAUGGACGACAUCGCCAACGCCAUCGUGCUCGAGCAAGGCAAGACGUUUGCCGACGCCAAGGGUGACGUCCUGCGCGGUCUCCAGGUAGUCGAGGUGGCGUGCGGUAUCACGAGCACGCUCAUGGAGGAGCGCGUCGAGGUGUCCAAGGACAUGGACACGUACGCGCGUCGCGAGCCGCUCGGCGUCACCGCCGCCAUUGCGCCCUUCAACUUCCCCGCCAUGAUCCCGCUCUGGUCCAUCCCCAUGGCCACGGUGACGGGCAACACGCUGGUGCUCAAGCCCUCGGAGCGCGUGCCCGGCGCGUCGAUGAUCAUCGCCGAGCUGUGCGAGCGCGCAGGCAUGCCCAAGGGCGUGCUCAACGUCGUCAACGGCGCCGUCGACGUGGUCAAUGGCAUCUGCGACGACCCGCGCAUCAAGGCCAUCUCCUUCGUCGGUUCCGACAGGGCCGGCGCACACAUCUACCACCGCGGCACCGCCAACGGCAAGCGCGUCCAGGCCAACCUCGGCGCCAAGAACCACGCCAUCCUCAUGCCCGACGCCAACAAGAACUUUGCGCUCAACUCGAUCGCCGGUGCGGCGUUUGGUGCGGCCGGUCAGCGAUGCAUGGCGCUUUCGGUGGUGGUCGCCGUGGGAGAGGCGCAGUCCUGGGUGCCUGAGCUCGUCGAGCGUGCCAAGCAGCUCAAGGUUUCCGGUGGCUUUGAGGAGGGUGCGGACCUGGGUCCGCUCAUCUCGCCCCAGGCGCGCGAGCGCGUACGCAGCCUCACGGGCAGCGUCGAACAGGAGGGCGGACGCAUCCUCCUGGACGGCCGCGACUUUGUAUGCGCCGACUAUCCAAACGGCAACUUUGUCGGGCCUUCGGUGGUCGAGGCUGGUCCCGGCAUGAAGGCGUACGACCAGGAGAUCUUUGGCCCCACGCUCGUCGUGGUCAAGGCCGACACGCUCGACCAGGCGGUCGACUACAUCAACAAGAACAAGUACGGCAACGGCGCGGCGAUCUUCACCACCAACGGCGCCACCGCGCGCAAGUUUGAGAAGAACGUCAAUGCCGGUCAGCUGGGCGUGAAUGUUCCCGUGCCCGUGCCGCUGCCGAUGUUCGCCUGGUCCGGCAACAAGGGUUCCGUCCUGGGCGACAUUGGCUUCUACGGCAAAUCGGCGCUCAACUUUUACACCUCCUUCAAGACGUCCACUUCGCUCUGGAGGUCCGACGAUGCACAGAUGUCCGAACGCGCCUCGGUCAACAUGCCCACCAUGUCCUAG